GAAAAGGGAAAUCACCUUUUGUUUGAUGGCGGAGUUUUUGUUACUGGCACGUGAAGACUGAAAACCUGACACGUCACAUUACAAAAUGUUGUUUCUGAUCGGUUUGGGCCUCGGGGAUGUUAAAGAUAUUACAGUGAAAGGAUUGGAAGCCGUAAAGAAGGCUAAACGUGUUUAUUUAGAAGCUUACACAUCUAUUUUGACCGUAGGCAAAGAUGCACUGGAGCAGUACUAUGGACGUGAAAUCAUUUUGGCAGACCGUGAUCUGGUUGAACAAGGAUCAGAUGAGAUCUUUGAAGGUGCUCGGACAGAGGAUAUCGCAUUUUUGGUUGUUGGAGAUCCAUUCGGAGCAACUACACAUACAGACUUGGUACUGCGAGCCAAGCAGGAAGGGAUCGAUUACAAGGUCAUCCAUAAUGCUUCCAUCAUGAAUGCAAUUGGUUGCUGUGGUCUGCAGCUCUACAAUUACGGAGAGACCAUCUCGAUAGUGUUUUGGACGGAUACAUGGAAACCGGAUAGUUACUAUGAUAAGAUAGCAUCCAACCGAUCAAGAGGCCUUCACACGCUCUGUCUUCUUGACAUCAAGAUGAAGGAACAGAGCGUAGAGAAUCUUAUCAAAGGGCGCAAGAUCUUUGAGCCUCCUCGCUUUCUCACAGUACCACAGGCAGCAUCUCAACUUCUUGAAAUCUUGGACCAGAGGAAAGAGAGGGGAGAUGAUUAUACAGCCUACACUGAAGAUGCAAUUUGUAUAGGAGUCGCCAGAGUAGGUUCCGACACCCAGCAAAUCAUAUCUGGGACGCUACGAGAGCUGACCUCUGUUGACCUCGGGGAUCCUCUUCACUCAUUGGUCAUCGCUGGUCACAUGCAUCCCGUGGAGCUUGAAAUGUUGAAGCAGUUUGCUGUUACUCCUUCGAUUUUUGAUGCAUUACUUCAAGAAAGCAGAUAGCAUAGAAUAUAAUUGUAAUUUAUAUGUGUAUUUCUUUCUUUUUCCUCCUUCAAUGUUUUUCCAGUACUCUGACUUUCUUAAAUUUAUGUCAAAUUCUAUUCUCUACCUCUAGAUAUAAAUAUCUCAUAUCCAUCUUCUCUUUUGUUUUCAUCACUCCUUUAUUUGACCGUAUCCCAUCUCUCUCUCUCCCUCCAUCUCUCUUAUUCCCACUUCCUUUUUGUUCCCCCCCUCCCUCUCUCUCUUUCCUUCCCCCUCUCUUCCACUCUUAUUUUCCCCACUCUUUCUCUCCUCCCAUUCUUUCUCUUACAUUCCUCUCUGUUUUUCAUUCUUCUCUCCUUUGCCAUUCCCCCUUCUUCAAAUAUCCAAAGUUGGCAUUAUCCUGGUUGAAGUCACCAGUCCAUUCACUGCCGUUUAUUUCGUCAGCGGUGGCGACUUCUUUCCUUUCCCAUUGACUUUGUACAUGAGAGCACACAAACAAAAAGAGAGGCGACUAAUUUCACGAUAAGGCCCUAAAGUUUGUUUCAAUAAACAUCUUGGUUAAGUAUACAUUCAUAUUCUUGUAUUUAAGUAAAUAUGUUGAUUACCAAUUUUAUUGUAAGAAGAAAAUUCACUUUUUGUAACACCCCAUGUCCCCCUCCCCUCCUUCUCUCAUGUCCCUAUUUUACUUUCUUGCUCCCCUUAUCCUCACUGUGUAAUGGGCCCUUUCAUGUCCAGUGGUAUUUGGUGUUGCUAUUGGGUAGAUUUUUCCAUCACUAAAUUUUCCACCAAAUUUGAAAUAAAGUUGGUUUUGGGAUGAACCUCACUAGGUUUUGAACUUGUGUGAUUUUGAUCAUUUUUGGAAAACUCAGAAUAGGGGGGGGGGGGGUGUUAGAGCUAAGAGAGUAAUCUCAAUCACGACUCCAUACACCAUAACUAGCUCUAUCACCGAACUUAAAAUCCCCCACUGCUGCAUAUUCAUGUACUUCUUUCCAAUCUUAUUUCCAAUCCACAUAUAGGCAUAACACAUUAUCAAUGAAUAAUUUAUAUACAAUAUGAAGUUUUCUCUUUAAUAGAUGUUAAGUAUUUACAGCAAGUUCAUUGUGAAGGCAGAUACAUCAUUUAGGUCCAUAGAAUCAGAACAGUAGGAGUAUACUGUACACACAUAGGAAGUCCCUUGAACAUAACUUUACUACUUGUAGUCAAUGGCCCGUAUUCAGAAGUCGGGUUUAACUUAGACCAUGGUCUAACUCUGUGCUAAAAUUAUGGGAAGCCUAA